CAUUGCCAAGGCGCUCAUGGCACGGCUGUCUCCUCGCGCUGCGUGUUUCCGUGCUCGUGUGUCGGGGAUGAGACCGUCGUAGGCGGUUGUUGUCGGUGUCUGUGGCGUCCCGUGUCGGUUGAUCGCGUCGGGUGCCGUCAUGGCAAAGGCUCCGGUGAAGAAGGUGCCGAUUCACCUGCAGAGCGCUCAGAAUCGGAUCCUCAUCAAAGGAGGGAAAGUGGUGAACGAUGACAUGAUGAUGGACGCCGACGUCUAUAUCGAAGAUGGCAUCAUCAAUCUGUCAAAAACCAUGACUCUCCCCACGAACGCCUUCCCCCCGCUUCGAAGGAGACUCUCAGAUUUCGCCCGCACUCGAGCGAUCCGCCGGACUACCCACCGAAACCGCCACGGAAUCCCCAAGCGACGCGACGUGGAAAGCCCUGCCAUCUGA